AAAUCUUUAACACACAUCCAUAUAUAAUAUGCAACAACAUUUAUUCGAAUACAAAUGCAUAUCUAUGGCUGAGUCAACCCCUCUUCUCUCUCAACCAACUGAUUCUGAUUCUUCUCUUACAGAACCACCUCCGUUAUUAUUAUCAGAAAAACACCUUCCUUCUCUUGCUUCAACGGUUGAGAAAUGCAUUGGAGAAUUCACUUGGUCCCAAUUCCUGCAAGCAGUUCUUGUCUCCUUUGCUUGGGUCUUUGAUGCUCAACAAACAUUCAUCAGCGUCUUCACCGAUGCACAACCAUCACUGAACUGCACCGAAAAGGACGACCACGUCAGCAGCGGAAGAGCCUCCAUUAUAUCCGAAUGGGGCUUGGAAUGCGAAAACUCCUUCGUCACAAGCCUUCCGGCUUCUUUGUUCUUUCUUGGAUGCUUAGUCGGUGGCAUUGUUCUUGCCACGCUGGCUGAUUCCUCGCUAGGUCGCAAGAACAUGCUCUUAUUUUCGUGCCUUUUCAUGUCCCUCUCUUCGCUACUCGCCGCAUUCUCUAUAAAUAUUUGGGUAUACUCUCUGUUCAAAUUUCUCUGCGGAUUUGCCCGCGCCACCAUCGGCACCUCGGCUCUCGUUCUAACUUCUGAGCUCGUAGGUAACCGGUGGCGCGGGCAAAUAAGUGUAGUUGGAUUCUUUUGCUUCACCAUCGGGUUCUUGUCCCUUCCUGCAAUGGCUUACGCUAACAGAAACUCUUCAUGGCGAAACCUUUACAUGUGGACUUCAAUUCCAGCCAUUUUCUAUUGCGUGAUUGUCAAGUUCUUCGUUCGCGAGUCCCCAAGAUGGCUUCUAGUGAAAGGAAGAAAAGAAGAAGCAGCAGAGACGUUGAAAUGCAUCUCUUCAAUCACUCAGAGUAACGUUAACCUCGCAGUCAACGGAAUAUUCCCAAGCAAUGUGGAUCCGGAUCUAACCAUGAACAAUACCGAUCUGUAUUGCGCUUUGAAGAUUCUGUUGCAAAAGAAAUGGUCUUCUAGAAGGUUAUGGAUGGUUAUGGCUUCCGGAUUCGGAAUUGGAUUGGUGUAUUACGGUAUGCCGUUAGGGCUUGGAAACUUGUCCUUCAACCUUUAUCUCAGUGUCACGCUUAACGCGUUAUCGGAGCUUCCGUCUUCUCUGUUGACUUUCUUGCUUAUCGAUAAGUUCAAGAGAAGAAACGCGCUUCUUGUUUUCACAGUUGUGAGUGGAGUAUUCAGUGUGUUCGAGCAUCGAAGAAACUCGGCGUUGUCGAUGGCGAGACAAGCGCUGGUGUUGGGUGGGUCGAUUAGUCCGGUGGUGGUGGGUGAAGGUAGGAAGAACAAGUUUGUUUGUUAUGGAGUUUUUGGGUUGGCGAUUUGUUGUAGUGGUGUAUUUGGGGUGUUCUUACCUGAGACAAGAGGGAGACCCCUGUCUGAUACCAUGGAAGAUGAAGAAAGCAAAGGGCGUAGUGCCACGUUAGCAUGAUGGACAAAGGAAUUUUCUUUUUUCAGGUGCUCUAAACAAAAUAAUAAGGAUGUUCAUGUAUCGAGUUGGUUCGGUUUUGCAUUUUGUUAUGUAUUCGAAUUAUUUAAUAAAGACCGUAUAAAUGUCUUUUUUUUUA